UUCGUGCAAGGAGGACAUCGCCGACUUUGCAUCUCUGCAAAUAGCUUUCUCAGUCCAGAACAAGCCCCCUCUCUGAUGCCACGGAAAGCGAGAAGGCGGUCCCGUUUCUCCGCCUCCUACGGGCGUCAGCAAAGAGUGCGAUUUCUCCGGAAGAGAAAACUUUCUGCGAAGCCGUUUUGAGAGACGGCGGGGUUGCUUGGGAAAAAGCACUUUCAGAGGAAGAGAAAGUCAACCGUGUGUUGUUGGGAGGGAAAGGUGGCCUGGCGGUGAUUUUUUUUACCGAUCAAUUUCCUUCGCUCCCGGGGGAAACUUUAAAUACGUAUCGAUUGGGUAUCCCGCCUAUCGUUAGGGAAUCUGGUUAUGGCCACUUAACAAGCACAUUAGUUCGUUGUUGGGCGUGAGAUAUGGAUGUAUAUAAGUCACCUGCUUGUACCAUGCAGGUCAGCUUUGUUUGCCAGCGUUGUAGCCAGCCCCUUAAAUUGGACACAUCUUUCAACGUUCUUGACAAAGUCACCAUCCAGGAAUUGACAGCUCCUCUGCUUACCACUGUUCCAACAAAAUUGAGUGAUGCACAGGAAGAAGAAACCCCUUUGACUGAGGAAGUGUUUGUUGAAAAUCGCCAAGAUGGAGUGUCCCGAAGAUUCAUUCCCCCAGCCAGGAUGAUGUCAACAGAAAGUGCCAACAGUUUCACUCUGAUUGGAGAGGCCUCUGAUGGAGGAACCAUGGAAAAUCUCAGCAGAAGACUCAAGGUCACUGGAGAUCUGUUUGACAUCAUGUCUGGCCAAACAGAUGUGGAUCAUCCUCUAUGUGAAGAAUGCACUGAUACACUUCUGGACCAGUUAGACACACAGCUUAAUAUUACAGAGAAUGAAUGCCAGAACUACAAGAAAUGUCUUGAAAUCCUGGAGCAAAUGACUGAAGAUGACAAGGAGAAAUUACAGUUGGAACUGAAAGAAUUUGCUCUCGAGGAAGAGAGGUUAAUUGAAGAAUUGGAGGAAGUAGAGCAAAAGCGCAAGGCACUGACUGAAGAUUUUGAGAAGGUCAAAAUUGAGGCUGAGAGGCUGGAUCAGGAGGAAGCUGAGUAUCAAAAAGAAUACAGUGAAUUCAAGCGGCAGCAACUAGAACUGGAUGAUGAACUGAAAAGUGUUGAUAAUCAAAUGCGUUAUGCCCAAAUGCAGCUGGACAAGUUAAAGAAAACCAACGUAUUCAAUGCUACCUUCCAUAUCUGGCAUAGCGGGCAGUUUGGCACAAUAAACAACUUUCGUCUAGGCCGCCUCCCAAGUGUCCCUGUGGAAUGGAAUGAGAUCAAUGCAGCCUGGGGGCAGACUGUUCUGCUUCUCCAUGCCCUUGCCAACAAGAUGGGCCUGAUCUUUCAAAGAUACCGUCUUAUUCCAUAUGGAAAUCACUCUUAUUUAGAGUCUCUUACUGACAAAUCUAAGGAGCUGCCUCUUUACUGUUCAGGAGGCUUACGGUUUUUCUGGGACAAUAAAUUUGACCAUGCAAUGGUGGCAUUUCUAGAUUGUGUACAACAGUUCAAAGAGGAAGUAGAAAAGGGCGAGACCCGUUUCUGUUUACCUUACAGAAUGGACGUGGAAAAGGGCAAGAUUGAAGAUACAGGUGGAAAUGGUGGUUCCUACUCCAUUAAAACCCAGUUUAACUCAGAGGAACAGUGGACAAAAGCACUCAAGUUCAUGCUGACAAAUCUGAAAUGGGGUCUAGCUUGGGUUUCUUCGCAAUUCUAUAAUAAAUGACAAUUAUGAAGGAGAAAGAAUUCAGCAUGAUGCAAUGAUGCCAAAAGUAGGACUUGGGACACUGACAGCCAUACAUUAUUUUAGAAGAAGAAAAAUCUGCAAACUUGAUAUUACAUUAUAAAAUGGAAUGAAGCAAAAAGCUUCAUAGCAUAGCUUAGAUAACAUGUAGAUAAAGUAUACAACUGAGUUUAGAAAAAGAAUCAUGUAUUUUCUCUGAUAGGACAGAAAAAGGAGACAAUAUUUGUGGUAGAGGCUUGGUUAGGAGGUUAUUGCAGCUUCAUUAUUGCACUAAACUAGAAAUACAAAAUAAAUACACUUUUUUUUCAGAACAGUUUAUCAGUUCUAGAGAGAGGAACACAUUAAUGUAUUUUUUUGUCAGAUACAUUUACUUGUUUAUGCUAAAGCUUCUGCUUUUACAUGUAAUAUUUAUCAUCAUAAUCCAUACAUCUAAUAUUUGUCUUAAACUUGCUAUAAUUAUUUGUGUUGUAAUGGUUAUGCAAGACUGCUGUAAAUGGUUUUGAUGCCCUAGCCACGGACAAAAUACCUUUCUUUAAAUCUUCCCUCUUAAAAGAUUAAGAUAACAAAAACUGUGUGAUAUCCAUUAAACUAUUGAAGUUUA